AUGACACCACCCGCUGAGCUACCGUCGUCGAAUGGUUCCUCGGAAGAGCGGUAUUUCGUCCUGCAAGCAUCAUACCAAUCCCCGACCAACGAAGCAUUCACACAUGCACAAAAUAUCCCCGCGCCGGCCUCAGAAGCUAUCGACGAGAAGACCACUUACCUGAGCGCCUUGCGCAAAGCAACGACUGAUCUACAAGAGCGAAUAAACAAAGACCUCACGGCGCGCAUGGAGGAGGACAAGGCACGAGAAGGAGAGGCUACGAAAUCAAAGGUAGACGAGGCAAAGGAAGAGGACAAUUACGGAGAAGAAGUGGUAGAAGAAGAGUGA